ACCAUAUCAAUAUUCAUAACUCUCUCUCUCUCAAGCAAAAUAAUAUGAUGCUCUCUUGCUCAGGCACUCUCAAGAUUGUUCUUGCACAAACCACAAAAGGCAAGGCAGAUUCACAAGAUCCAUUCCUACGAUUGCUGAAACAAAAGCAGCCUAAUGUAGUCAGUGUAAAAACUCCACUUGGAAAAAUCAGAGAUUUGUUGAAGAAUGAUGAGAUCCAGUUACCAGUUUCCUCUUAUGACACUGCUUGGGUUGCGAUGGUACCCUCCAAGGAUGGCUCGAAGCAGCCUCUUUUCCCAGAAUGCCUCAACUGGAUUAUGGAGAAUCAGCAGCCUGAUGGUUCAUGGGCUCUUGACCCUACUCAUCCUCUCCUUGUUAAAGACUCACUCUCUUCCACACUUGCCUGUCUGUUAGCUCUCCACAAAUGGGGUGCAGGCGACCAACUUGUGAAUAAAGGUCUAGACUUCAUCGCCUCUAACAUUUGGGCCGCCACUGACCAGCAUCAACUUUCUCCUCUUGGCUUCGAUAUAAUAUUUCCAGGCAUGAUUGAGCAUGCAAGAGAUGCAGGCUUGAAUCUUCCUAUCAACGACUCUUCGAUAGAGGAAAUGCUUCGCAAGCGAGAUUUGGAAAUUAAAAGCUUCCAAGGCGAGAUAAACAAGCUUGCAUAUUUUGCAGAGGGGCUGACUCGGUUAAAUGAUUGGCAAAAGCUUAUGAAAUAUCAAAGCAGUAACGGCUCGCUCUUUAAUUCACCAUCUGCAACUGCAGCUGCUCUGACCCAUAUUCAUGAUGAAAAAUGUUUGGAUUACUUGCACUCCCUGGUGACAAAAUUCGACAAAGCAGUUCCUACCAUCUAUCCCCUGGACAUCUAUUCUCGUCUCUAUAUGAUCGACAGUUUGGCAAAACUGGGAAUAGACAGACAUUUCACCGAAGAAAUAGCAACCACACUAGAUGACAUAUACAGAUCCUGGAAGCAAGGCAAUGAAGAAAUAUUUUCAAACCCUGGAUGUUGUGCCAUGGCAUUUAGGCUACUACGGAUGAACGGCUACGAAAUCUCUUCAGAUCCAUUGGAAAAUUUUGACAAACAAGAGAAUAUGUUGAAUUCAGUGAGUGAUGUAAAGUCUGUUUUGGAGUUAUAUAAAGCUUCACAGAUGACAAUAUUUCAGAAUGAACCUGUUCUGGAAAGAAUUUAUGCAUGGACAAGCACCUAUCUGGAAGAGAAAGCAGCAAGUGCUGGGGAGAUUCAAGACAAGAGUUUGCAGAACGAUGUGGAUUAUACUCUUAAACAUCCGUAUGCAAAUCUGGAAAGAAUUGAAAGCCGUCGUUAUAUGGAGAAUUACCAUCUAGACAACGUUUCACUUCUUAAAACAUCUUACAGGUGUCUCAAUAUUGAUACAAGAGAUCUCUUAACGUUUUCAUUCCAAGAUUUUAAUGAGUGUCAAGCCAUGCACCGCAAGGAACUAGAUUAUUUGGAAAGAUGGAUGAAAGAGUAUAAUGUGGGAAAAUUGGAGUUUGCAAGACAGAAGGUAGCAUAUGCCUAUUUUUCUAUUGCUGCGGUCCUUCCUCAUCCUGAAUUCUCUGAUGCUCGCAUCUCAUGGGCUCAAAACACUGUUCUAACAACUGUUGUCGAUGAUUUCUUCGACUUUGCUGGUUCAAUGGAGGAACUAUUAAACCUCAUUGAAUUGCUUCAAAGAUGGGAUGAGCACUCAGCUGUUGGGUUCAUGUCAAAAGAUGUGGAGAUCCUCUUUUAUGCAAUUUAUGGCACAACCAAUGAUCUAGCUGAGAAGGCCAGCAAACAACAAGGGCGCUGCGUCAAAAAGCACUUGAUUGAUAUUUGGAUCACUCUGCUGAAUACAAUGUUAAAGGAAGCAGAAUGGGCAAGGAACAAACUAGUGCCAACCAUGUAUGAGUACAUGACAAAUGCAUAUGUAUCAUUUGCCUUGGGACCUGUUAUUCUCAUAUCACUUUAUUUCUUGGGCUGCAAGCUCUCUGAACAAGUUGUACAAAGCCAGGAGUAUGAUAAUCUCUUCAUAAAUGUCAGCAUAAUUGGGAGGCUUCUAAAUGAUCUAGUAACUGUUAAGAGAGAAGGCGCACAAGGGAAAUUGAAUGGAGCAUCAUUGCCAAUAAUACACGGGCGUGGGGCUAUAACUGAAAAGGAGGCUGAAGAAGAAGUUGAAAGACUGAUAGAGAGCCAUAGGAGAGAAUUACUGAGGAUGGUGCAACAAACAGAAGGAAGUGUAGUUCCUAAAGUUUGCAAAGAUCUGUAUUGGAAGAUGAGCAAGAUCUUGCACCUCUUCUACAUGGGUGAUGAUGCCUAUUCAAGUCCACACAAGAUGGUUGGUCCUGUGAAUGCAAUUGUCAAUGAACCAAUCCUUCUACCCCCAUACUCAAAACUGGAUUAAAUUUAUAAACCAUAACCAUGAUUAGAGUAUGUUCUUCGAAAUUCUCUUAUAAGUUUCUCCAAACUUAUAUGUGUCAAUAAGAGUUGUAUGCAGUUAUGAGAUCUAUUAUACUUGUAGGAAGAGAACUGAAUUAUAGAAUAGAUAUCAUAAUGGAAAUAUGUACAAGUUAUAUAUUAAAGAAUUUGAAAGCGGGCUCUCUUUUUGGAAA